AAAGUCUCCUUCUUUUCCGGUGCGCUCUUUUGGGUGACCGUGUCUUUAGUUUUUAGCUGCAGUUGAAUCUUUCUCCAUCUUCCACUAUGAAGAUUUAUAAAGAUAUUUUCACUGGAGACGAGAUGUUCUCUGAUACCUACAAAAUCAAGCUGAUAGACGAUGUAUUAUACGAAGUAUAUGGGAAGUUAGUUACUCGUAAGGCGGGUGAUGUUGAAAUCGCUGGUUUCAAUCCAUCUGCUGAGGAGGCUGAUGAAGGUACAGACGAAGCGGUAGAGUCUGGCGUAGACGUCGUAUUGAACCAUCGCCUUCAGGAAACAUUUGCCUUUGGAGAUAAAAAGUCUUAUACGUUGUACCUCAAAGAUUACAUGAAGAAAUUAGUAGCAAAGCUAGAAGAAAAGUCACCUGAUCAAGUAGAUGUGUUUAAAACAAAUAUGAACAAAGUAAUGAAAGACAUCUUAGGCCGGUUCAAAGAAUUACAGUUUUUCACCGGUAUUUCAAUGGACAUUGAUGGAAUCGUGGGUCUCAUGGAAUACCGUGAGAUCGAUGGCGAUUCUGUGCCUGUAUUGAUGUUCUUUAAACACGGUCUUGAAGAAGAAAAGUUCUAAGUAUCUUUAGAUACUGAAUAAAUUCUGGACAAAUUUUGUAAACUGGAAAUCAAGACUGCACACAUGCUGGAAAGCUGUGAAAUUUAGUUAAAAAUUAAUUAAAAAAAUAAAUUUAG